UGAUGCCAUCAUCAUUGAUGGGACAGGUCUCUGUUUGAUUCGAUUCAGCACUUUCAAAGGUCAAGGAAUGUCGGAUGUCCUGUGUUUUUAACUCAGAUUUUAAACUGACUAAAGUGACGUUAUACCACGGAGGAAGGGUUAUUAUACUACUCAGAUACAUGUAGGAGGCGACUGUAACAUCCCAUUGUGACCCGUUCAAACCAACAACUACCAUAAACUUUGACACUGUUUGGAAGUUAUCUACUGUAGACAAACUAAUUAGCCUUCAAACAUCAGCACAACCUGACGGAACGACAGCAGUGUAUCACACUGGAGAAAACCCUCUGCAAGAAAACCUAAACUGACAGACUUUCAGCGUGUCAACACUAGAGAGAAACCUUUUGCUUGUGACAUUUGCGGAAAAGUCUUUUCUACGUAGACAUACCCCGAAAAACCCUCAGGGUGUCCACACUUGAACGAAACAAUUUUUUGUGAUGUUUGUGGAAAAGCCUUCUCUUCUAAGACAGACCUGACCAGACAUCAGCCCGUCCAGACUGGAUCCACUUGUUUGGUGGAAAAAUUGUUUUGAUAAGGGAGCUCUUUGUCGCCACACUAAAACCUAAACCUAAGAGGAACCAUUUUGUUAAGGGCAAUUAUGGAAAUACAUUUUAUCAGGAAGCAAAUGUAAACGAAGGUCAGAGAUAUAACAGCUGUUAAAUUCAGAAAGUUCCUUACUUUGAAAAAAGUAUUGUGAAUUAAGAAUAACUUGGCAAGUAAAUAUUAAAGCCUUUUUAGAUUUUUACUGACAUAAAUUCAUUUUGCCUAUAGAUUCAUGACCUAUGAAAUUAUAAUUUUUAGGGAAAAGAAGGCAAACUGGAGAGUCUACUUCCUGUGAAUGUUUUCUGUGGUUGCUAGCUUUACUUUUAUUGUAGUUAAUAUGAGUGCUACUUGGUGGUUUUACUGGCGAACGGUUUAUUUUCAAUUUUGAAAUUGCUGCCAAGUUGUCUCCUAAAUCAGUUUAGAUUAUUACAGAUAUGAAUUCUUAUGGGAAGACAAAUAUUUGUGACCUAAAACAAGGAGCAGACUCCUUGGAAAAAAGUAUGCCUGAAAAGCAUCAAAUCGAUCAUACUGUCGUGUCAUCAGAUAAAUUUGUUGAAGCUGACAUUUGUGAAAAAUCUGUCUCACAUGAAAGCAGCCUGAAAGAGCACGAAAGAGACCCAACUGGAGUGAAACCAUUUGCUUGUGAUAUAUGUGGAAAAGCGUUCCCUUUUAAAAGCCGUCUCAACAAACAUCAGCAAAUCCACACAAAAAAGAAACCAUUUUUUUGUGACUUUUGUGGAGCAGAUUUCAUCUAUAAAAGCCGUCUUAAAGAACAUAAGCUUAUCCACACUAAGGAGAUACCAAAGUUUGUUUGUUAUGUUUGUGGAAUAGCCUUCAAUUAUCCACAUGAAUUGACAAGUCAUCAAAGUGUCCACAAGAGAGGGGAAUCUUUUGUUUGUGAGUUUUGUGGAAAAGAUUUUUCACGAAAACAAUUUCUCUUGAGGGACCAUCGGCGUUGCCACACUGGAGAGAAACCAUUUAUUUGUGAUCUUUGUGGAAAGGCCUUUAACCGUAAAGACAUCCUCACAGACCAUCUGCGAUCCCACGCUGGACGAGAGAAGCCAUUUGGGUGUGGUGAUUGCGGGGGAGCCUUCACACAUUUAAAGUCACUUAUUCGUCAUCAGAGAACCCACACUGGAGAGAAGCCUUUUGUUUGUGAUGUUUGUGGGCAAGCCUUUACGCGCAAAACGACUCUGGCUGCACAUUACCCUGUCCACUCUGACCAGAAACCUUUUAUUUGUGAUAUUUGUGGAAAAGCCUUUGUGCGCAAAAGAAGCCUAUCCACCCAUUACCUUAUCCACUCUGUAGAGAAACCAUUUGCUUGUGACUUAUGUGGAAAAUCCUUCAGCAAUCAAGACUCCAUGACAUACCAUCAGCGUUACCACACCGGAGAGAAUCCAUUUAUAUGUGAUGUUUGUGGAAAAGCCUUUCCAAGAAAAUGUAAACUGACGGACCAUCAGCGUACUCACACUGGAGAGAAACCAUUUAUAUGUGACUUUUGUGGAAAAGCCUUUAGCCGUAAAGACACCUUGAAAAACCAUCGGAAUGACCACACCGAAGAGAAAACAUUUGUAUGUGAUGUUUGUGGGAAAGCCUUUUCAAAAGAACCUAAACUGAAAGACCAUCAGCGUAUUCACACUGGAGAGAAACCAUUUGUUUGUGAUUUGUGUGGAAGAGCCUUUCCUUUUCAAUGGAACCUGACCAAACAUCAGCGUGUGCAUACUGGUGAGAAACCUCAUGUUUGCGGCUUCUGUGGAAAAGCCUUUUCCGAUAAAAGGUCUCAACGUCGCCAUGAAAAAGUCCACAUUGAAGAGACACCCUUUUUGACUUCAGAGCCUUCUGACAGUAUCAAUCAUUAAUCUCUCCACACUGAAGAGAAAUAUUUAGGUUUGGACUUUUCUGAAAAAGUUUUUUUUUGUAUACUGUAGCUUAACUUUAAAAGUCACAUGGAGUACACACUGGAGAGAAACCAUUGGACAUGAUCAUGUACAUAUAUUUAUCAGGGAUGAGAUUGUUCAGACUUUUGGCUGAAUUCAGACUUUUUAUGUUGGCCUGGUGAAGAAAAUAAGAC